AUGGAAAUAAAUAAUACCAAUACUAAUAUGAGUACGAAUGGGGAAUUAUCGUUAAAAGAACAAAUACAAGGGAAAAUGAUGAAUUUCUUAACGAACAAAGGAGUUGUCAAGUCUGAAGCCAAUGCAGGCUAUGGACAAAUGAACACUGAUGGAUCAGGUGGGACAGCGUACACUGACAACACAUGUCAAGGCAAAUGCAUGUACUUCUUAUGCUGUCAUUGUUCAAAACGUUAUUAUACGGCAUGGCUAUCAAGUCUAGGUUUUAUGAUUACAUUUGGUAUUCGUUGUAAUAUGAGCUGGGCUAUGUUGACUAUGCAAGCUAGACACAUAGCAGCAAAUCUGUCUCAUUUACCACAUUCUAAACAUUAUGAGCAUACACAUCAUGAAUCUGGUGAUCAUGUGGUUGGAUUUGGUGGACUGAUGAACGUAACGGCGAAACCAGAUUUUUAUUGGACAGCUGGUCAAAGAGGAUUUGUGGAUAGUUCAUUCUUUUAUGGUUAUUUAAUAACUCAAAUACCUGGUGGAGUAAUAGCAGCUAAAUUUCCAGCUAAUAGAUUAUUUAGUAUAGCUGUUGGUGGAAGUGCUUUUUUAAAUUUAUUAUUACCAGCUGCUUGUAAAAUUCAUUUUGGAUUAGUUAUGACAAUUAGAAUGUUACAAGGUUUAGUUGAGGGUACGUCUUAUCCAGCAUGUCAUGGUAUAUGGAGAUAUUGGGCUCCACCACUUGAACGUUCUCGACUAGCAACAAUUGCAUUUUGUGGUUCGUAUGCAGGUGCAGUACUUGGAUUAUCACUUUCCGGUCUACUAGCUCAACAAAUGGGUUGGCAGUCACCUUUUUAUUUCUAUGGUGUUAUCGGUAUUAUGUGGUUCUUUUGGUGGUGGAAUGUAACGCAUGAACGCCCGUCUUUACAUCCAACUAUAUCAGAAGCUGAACGAACAUAUAUUGAGACUUCAAUUGGAGAGUCGCCUACAAUAAACGAAAGUAAAAUACCAAUUCCUUGGAGAAAAUUCUUUACAUCACUUCCUGUCUAUGCAAUAAUUAUUGCGAAUUUUGCAAGAAGUUGGUCAUUCUAUUUAUUAAUUACAAAGUCGCCAAAAUAUUUUCGUGAAGUAUUUGGUUAUAAUUUAGCUGAGACUGGAUUUUUGUCUGCAUUGCCACAUUUAGUAAUGGCUGUUAUUGUUCCUAUCGGUGGACAGUUGGCUGACAAAUUACGAAAAAAUACAUUAUCGACAACAGCUGUAAGAAAAAUAUUCAACUGUGGAGGUUUUGGAAUAGAAGCAAUCUUUUUAAUUGGUGUUGGUUAUUCAAAAACAAUUACAUCAGCUUUAGUAUGUCUUGUUUUAGCUGUUGGAUUUAGUGGAUUUGCAAUAUCAGGUUAUAAUGUUAACCAUUUGGACAUUGCACCACGUUAUGCCAGUAUAUUGAUGGGUUUAUCUAAUGGUGUUGGAACAAUAUCUGGCAUGAUUUGUCCAAUUACAACAGAAUUACUUACCAAAAAUCAAAAUAAGGAAGGAUGGCCAAUAGUUUUUUUGAUAGCUAGUUUGGUUCACUUUGCUGGUGUUACAUUUUAUGCUAUCUUUGCAUCUGGAGAAAAACAACCUUGGGCAGAUGCACCUGAAGAAGCUCAAUGUAAUUGGCAACCACCAACCGAUUUACCAGCAGAGAUGAUGCACGGAGAAUAUGGCUAUGCAGAUCCAACUGAAAGAAAAGAUAAUAAUCUGUCUUUUCGAAGAGUAAGUAACCAAAGGAAUUCAUCAACUGAUAGUAAUCAAUUCUAUACUUCAAGUUCAAGAUAUACAUCGGGUUAUAAUCAAUCCACUGUAAAUGACCCACUAGUAAAUUCCCAAGGUUACGGUUAUGGUGAAACUUUAAGUGGAACAACAAAAGAACAAAAUGUUAAUCCAUAUCAUCAAGGGUAUUAAAAGUAGCAUAAACAAACUAAAACUAAUUUCCUACUGACCAUAACAAUAUCAAGAGUUACUUAUAUUGACUAGUAAAUCACUGAAAAGUAGUCCACAUAUAUACCUGGAUAAUCAAACAUCAUAAUGCCAGUUUGUUUAAAAUUGAAAUUUCUAUGAAAGAAAUUUUAACUAUUAUUAUCAACACAAUUACUGAUAUUAAAAGAAGAAUCUAGAAAACAUGUUUCACAUUCUUAUCGAUCUGUUAUUACAGAUUUUGUUUCCUUGUUUGUUUGUUCUUUUUCAGCUUUGCAACACUUUUAUUUAUCAGUAAAUAUAUAUGUGCAUUGUUUGAUUUUAUUCAUUGCAAACAAAAUAUGCAUAUUUAUUCCCUUAUUCAUUGAUUUAUUUAUUACUAAAUUUGUCUCAAAAAUUCUUUCCUUUUUUCUUUUAACCAUAUUGAUUAGCACAACUGUGAAAACCAAAUAUUUUAUUUAUUUAUUUAAUUGAAAUCUAAAUGGAUACAGCAUUUAUUGUUACUAUGAUGAUUAUCAUUAUCAUUAUUUGAAUGGAUAUGAAAUUGAUUUUGCCAUAUUUGAGUUAGAUCUUUUGUCAAUAAGUAAUUAAAAUGAAGAGGAAAACAAUAUUGUUUAACAGUUUCUUCCUUUAUUUUUCACUCUUCUUAUUUUCCAUAUCUUGUAUUGCUAUCAUUUCUUGAAUUUGUUCUCUUUUUUUUCUUUGUUACUGCCUUCUAAGGCUUGAAAUGUUCCUUGUUUUGUUUUAUUUUAUUCUAAAAAGAUUGCACAUCUAGUCUAAAGAAAUUGAUCUUAAUAAAAUAGGCAGUUUUUUGUUUUU